AUGUAUGGCUUAUGGAAAAUGAAGAUGAAGGCGGUUCUGGUGCAGCAGGGGUUGGCCGCGGUCCUCACACCAGCAGACUCUGAUGAGAAGGGCAAGGCUCCUGCGCUGGAUGAAAAGGCUCGAGCGAAGUUAGAGGAGAUGCAGUUAAAGGCCCAUAGCGCAGUGAUACUAUGUCUCGGAGAUAAAGUUCUGCAUGAGGUUCAAGGGGAGACAACUGCACCUGGGAUCUUGAAAAGGCUCGAUGAUGUUUAUAUGGCCAAGUCUUUAGCCAACCGCCUUUAUAUGAAGAGAAGACUAUAUUCAUAUAGCUUCUCAGAGGAAAAGUCCAUCGUGGAACAGCUUGAAGAUUUCUGCAAGACUGUUGAUGAUCUUGAAGCAAUUGAUGUCAAGAUUAGUGAUGAGGACAAGGCCAUCUUGGUCCUUAAUGCCUUGUCAUGCUCCUACGACCAGUUAAGAGAUGCUAUUCUUCAUGGGAGAGAUAAACCUAUUAUUUACAAUGAGGUCCAUUCUGCCCUCAUGGCCAAAGAGUUGCAAAAGGGUGGUUCAAGAGUGUUUGAUUCCCAGCCUGAGUCCCUCAACAUCAAGAAAUUUAGCAAGAAGGGGUUUAAGAAGAAGGCUGGGGAGAAUAAGAAUGAGAGCUCUGGGAUGAAAGAAACCCGGUCUUGCCCUGGUGCAAGAAGCCAGGGCAUUUGUGUUAGUGUUUCGAUAAGAAUGGCUGAUUGUGCUGAUCUUCAAUGCCCUAAAAUUGCAGAUUUUUCGAGCAGCUCGUUCGUUGAUGAGGAAAGCAAGUGUGAAUUACACCAUAAAGUGAAGGAUUCAGACAACAAACUGAAAGCUGGUGACAGAUUCCCUAUCAGAGACUUCAAGUCAACCUCAGAUCCUGAUGCUUAUGCAGUCGAGAAGGAGCUUUACCUCGGAUCGCUAUGUGGCUCUCCCGAUCCUUGGUAUUUCUGGAUGAUCAUGCUGAAAAACGGCAAUUUUGACAAGAACACGACACUCUGCCCCGAGAAUGGGAAGAAGGUCGCAAAAAUAGUCACAGACCGGAGCUUCCCUUGCUUCGGUGAAGGGUGUAUGAACCAACCCCUUAUGUUCCAUAACAAGUCCCGACUGGUUUUGCUUCAAGAUGGAAAUGUCUCUGUGGUUGGAGGGUAUUACGGGACGUAUGAUCUUGAUGCUGAUCUGAGUGGGGGGGCAGGAUCCAAUUCUUUCUUCUCGGCUUCAUGGCAGAAGAAUCUGAGCACGGGGAGCUGGAUUGUGUCGCACAAGCUGACAGCGUCGUCUAAGUAUCCUUGGCUUAUGUUGUAUCUGAGGGCGGAUGCGGCAAAAGGGUUCAACGGAGGAUAUCACUAUGACGGGCGUGGCAUCAUGAAAACGGUGCCGGAGUCUCCCAAUUUUAAGGUGAGAGUAACACUCGAUGUCAAGAAAGGCGGAGGUCCGAACAGCCAAUUCUAUCUGCUCGAUAUCGGAAGCUGUUGGAAGAACAACGGAGAUCCGUGCGAUGGGGAUGUCCUCACGGAUGUGACGCGAUAUAGUGAGAUGAUCAUCAACCCGGCAACGACAAGCUUGUGUCGUCCCGACAAUCUGGUCUCGUGCCCGCCGUACCACACGAGUUCUACUGGAGAGAUGAUACACAGAAAUGACACGUCACUGUUCCCUUAUUCCGCAUAUCAUCUCUAUUGUGCUCCUGGAAAUGCUCGGUAUCUUGAGAAGCCUUACGACAUUUGUGACCCGUAUAGCAACCCACAGGCGCAGGAGCUCGUGCAGAUCCUCCCUCACCCCGAGUGGGCCGUCCACGGCUACCCUGAAAGGAAAGGAGACGGGUGGAUUGGAGACCAGAGAACUUGGGAGCUCGACACUGGAGCCCUCUCUAGCCGUCUAUAUUUCUAUCAGGAUCCAGGAACAAAACCAGCAAAACGAGUGUGGAUUUCAAUCAAUGUUGGUACAGAAAUAUAUGUUAGCCCAGCUGGGGUUACUUCGGAAUGGACAGUAAGCGACUUUGACGUUUUAGUUCCUAACAAAGUUGAAGAGGGUCGAAGGGAGUACAUGUAACGAGCAACACGUAGGUAACCACGUGAUGAAAUGGAAAGCUACCCGUCGCCAUCAGACUAAGUUCUGAAUUAGUGGAUGCGGCGGCCGGUGAGUUUAUUGAAACCAUUGAACUCGGAAUAUGGUAAAGUUUGUGCCUGUAUAUAUCUUAUUUACCUAAUACACUGAUCAGUAAUUAAUGUUUGUAUAAAAAUCUUCUCUACCUAUUCAUGUAAAAUUUGUUACGGUGAAAGAAAUCCUCAUAUUUCCACAUUAA